CAGCCUCGCAAGGACUGGAAGCUGCCCCCAGCCGCAUUUCACCACCUUCACCACAAGCCAGCCAGCUGCGUCGAUGGCCUUGGAGCUUCCUCCGACGUACCAGGACUCCAAAGAGGAGGCGGGGUCGGCAUACGAGAGCAGUUACGAGAGAGCCAAGACGGAGCUCGACGCCGCCAAGACUGAGCUGGAGGCGUUACGCAAAGCCGCUCUCGACAUACGGCUUGCUGCCACCUUGACCGACCCUUCGUUGCUGCCAUCGACGAUGACCACUGCACCCACCUUCGACGCGGACAAGGUCGCCGAAGAGAUGGAGCGGCUGCUGGGCAUGGAGCAGGCGCAGUUCUCUCCUGGCGCCACGCCGUGGCUGAUUGGCGGUCUUGGUGCCGGCUAUGCGCCGCCGACGUCGUCUGAGAUGCUUCCCAACAUGCUCCUUUCCAGCGAGGCACAGGCGUUCGUCAAGGAGCACAAGGACCUGUACACUACCUUCAAUGUGUCAGAGUUCCCGCAGUACGGUCUCUGGCUCUCGAUCAGCCGCUGGGGCACCGACUGGGCGCUCAUCAACAUCACGGGCCAUGCAGCCGGGGAGGCACCUCAGGCGCUGCCCUUCUUCGCUCUCUGGGACGAAGGCGACGACGCGACGCAGAAGAACGCGCCGCGCCCGACGAUGGUCCCGUGGCUGGCCCAGCCGCGCUCAGACGUGUGGGUGCCCUGGCUCGGCUGUCGAUGCUCGUGGCCGGUGACGCAGCAGUGCUGGUUCUUCUACUUCUCCAACGUGCAGGCGAUCGCGACCCUCUGGAUGACCGUCCUCUGCAUCUUCCUCUGGGGCCUGCUCGAGGGGCUUAUCGUCAAGGACUUCAUCGCAAAGGUGCCCGACAAGAUCACCUUCUGGGUCGACUACGCCACGCACCCGACGCCGCUCUCGACGCGCAUCUGCAUGUUCCUCAUCUUCACGGUCUUCCCCUUUUACGUCGUCGCGUUCGUCUCCAACGGCAACAAGCUGACGGAGAACUACUACGCGGGCCUGUACCAGCUGCGCGUGAUGCUGCGCUCGCUGGCGAGCCGCCCCGAGGCUGGCACGUACGCCUACUGCACUCUCGCCUACUGGACGAUCCUCACCGAGAUCUGGACCGUGAUCAUCCCGGCCUACCUGCCCUUCCUCUGCCCGAUCGCUGUCCAAAUGUACUUCGAGUUCUCGCUCGAGAACAUCGCCAAGCUGUACGUGCUCUUCGACAUCGUCUUCAAGAACAUCUCGCAGUAUGGGCUCGACUUUGCAAUGUUCCUCCUCUGCCUCAAGGCGGACACGCAAAAAGCGACGACGGUGAUGGUGCUGGGGAAGCGCGCGGCGCUCGAGUGCCGCUCCGCCAUGUUCCUCUACCUGUGGACCCUCUGGCUCUUCAUGUUCCUGAUGGGUGUGAUGAUGAAGUGGAAGCUCACCUUCCUGUACCUCUGGAUCGUUCCCACCCUGUGGCUGAUCUACUGCGCCUUCUUCCAGGGCUACUCGUACUGCUUCGCCGGCCAGGCGGUCUGCCCGCCGCACACCGGCCCGCUCGUCCGCUGCAUCCAGGUCCUCACCACGGGCACGAUCCUACUCGGCUUUGUGUGGAUGCGCGCCUGCUUCCUCUUCCCGUGCCUCUGCGCGCCAACGGUGCCGGGAUGGCUCUUCUUCCCCCCCGACCACCCGCCGCCUAGCCCGCUCAAGGGCGACAUCGACUGGGCCGCCUUUAGCUACCUGCUGGGCCUCGCGGCGAGGGGCUUCCCACAGCCGGAGGACUGUGUCUGGGAGCCUCCCGCGGGAUGACGCCCAUACUUUAUUCAUUCCGUUACAAAAGCAAGUCUUGUGACUCUUUUGUAACUGUAAAUAGACGG